AAGCAGCAGCAGCAGCAGCAGCAGCAGCAGCAGCAGCAGCAGCAGCAGCAGCAGCAGCAGCAGCAGCAGCAGCAGCAGCAAGGUCAGCAGCAGCAGCAGCAGCAGCAGCAGCAGCAGGAGCAGCACCAACAGCAGCAGCAGCACCACGACUCACAGUCCAGAAAGUGGACGUAG